UGGUACAGUGUACUAUCUGUGGUGCUGUUUUCGUUGAGGUCCGUGCCUGUCCGUGCGAGUCACCAUUUUCACCGAAACGAGUUCCGGGGCGGCAGCCAGAUGAGCCAACCCAAUUCCCUGGCCGAUGGCGCAAGCCGACCGGCAGGUUCUGUGCGCAAGUUGCGCUCCCCCGCCAAGCGGCCAGCAGGGCCGAGCGUCGUCCGUGGCCUUCGAAGGAGCGUUAGCACAAGCUGCAUCAAAGAGAACCAGCCGCGGAUGGGCCCACCCAGCCAGCCCAAGCGAGCACGUCCUGGUGCGGCCAUGCCAGUUCCCCUGGGCCGGUUGCAGCGCAAUGUCACUGGCUCUGCCCUCAACCUGGGCAGUAAUGGUGCACGCUCAAAGGCCUCCUCCACUGUGGCUCUGUCAGCGUCCACAGCUGGCAAGCGCAAGCCCUGGGACCUGCAGGGUCGCCUGCAUGACCUUGAGGAGCGCAUGAAGUGCGUGACUGGGGAGAAGGAGCAGCUCAGCCAGCAGAGCACCAACAGGCUGCAAGAACUCGAGCAAGUUCAAGUGGAGCUGCAGGCUGAACGGACGAAAAAUGGCCAGCUGACUGCCAGUGUUGCCCAACUGGAAUCGACCCUCAGCUUGCUGGAGUCCGAGAAGCAGUCGGCCGUUGCAGAGAGGGACUCCCUGUCCCUGCAGCUGCGCUCCUCCACGCAGCAGGUGGCAACCCUGGAGCAAUCUCUGGCUUGUGCCAAUGGAGCACUGGCUGGCCUUCGUUCUGAGCGGGCUGCACUCAUGGCACAGCAGGAGUCCCUCGAGUUCCAGCGGUCGACACUAGAAGCAGAGAAGGCACGGCUGGAGUCCCUAGUCUGCGAGCUCCGCGCGCAGGUGACUGCGCAGGAAGAGCAAAUCAACGCGGCAGAGCAGGAGCGUCGCCAAUUGCACAACACCCUGCAGGAGCUCAAGGGCAACAUACGGGUGUUCUGCCGUCUGCGUCCACUGCUGCCAUCAGAGGCUGCUCCACAGAGGCCGUUUUUGUUGCUUCCAGACGAGCGGACAAUCGAGGUGGUGCGAACAGACCCAGAGACGCAGCGACAGAAGACGGAGCUGAGCUUCCACUUUGACCGUGUGUUCCCGGGGGUGGCCAGCCAGAGCGAAGUGUUUGCAGAGGUGUCGCAGCUGGUGCAGAGUGCCCUGGAUGGUUACCACGUGUGCAUCUUUGCCUAUGGCCAGACGGGUGCCGGCAAGACCCACACCAUGGAGGGACCCGCCGGGGAGCUGGCACUGGAGGACGAGCGGAGGGGCCUGAUUCCCCGGGCCUUGCACCAGGUCUUUGAAGAGGCAUGCAAGCAGCCACACUGGACGUACGAUAUGGUGGCCAGCUUCAUCGAAGUCUACAACGAAACCCUGCGGGAUCUGCUGGUGCCUCCUUCUCGGGCACCCACGUCCACUCCACUGCAGCUCAAGCUGGCACGCAAGGAUGGCCCAGUCCGAGUGGCAAACCUCACGGAGGUCAACGUCACAUCAGCUCAGCAGAUCAGCCAGCUGCUGCAGUGUGCACGAAAGAACCGUGCGGUAGCGGCCACCAAGUGCAACGAGCGGUCCUCCCGGUCCCACUCAGUCUUUCGCCUUGACAUUGUUGGCCACAACAGUCACAGCGGUGUGGGUUGUCGGGGGCGCCUGAACUUGGUGGAUUUGGCUGGCAGCGAACGCCUCUCCGAAUCUCAGUCGGAAGGGGCACGCCUGCGCGAGGCACAGAACAUCAAUCGCUCACUUGCCAACCUUGGCAAUGUCAUCCUCGCACUCUCGAACCGGGAUGACCAUGUGCCAUACCGCAACUCGAAGCUCACGCAUUUGCUGAUGGACAGCCUUGGUGGGAACAGCAAGACACUGAUGCUCCUCAACAUCUCUCCGCGCGAGGAGAACAUCAGUGAGACGAUCAACUCGCUCCGCUUUGCCACCAAGGUGAACCAGUGCCACAUUGGGACUGCAAGAAAAAACUUUUAAGAAAAAAGUGCCCCAGCUGCAGACUAGGGUUGUCCUUCUGCAUCAUCCUUUGGCAUUUUAAUUUUUUAAUUUGUGACGCAGUACAUUACGAAUUUUAUUAUAGUUUUACUCUCACGGUAGUCAGGGGACUUUUAGGCUUGACAUUUCACUAUGUGAGCUUUAUCGUGUCUUUUAGCUGGGGAGCAAUAGCUGCACCAAUUUGUUACAAUUCCUUAAUUUUGCACCGAGAUGAGCUAAAACCAUGAAAUUCAUUGAAAUUCUGCCAUGCUGCACCAAAAUGCUUAACCAGCCUCAAGAUGUUUUCAGAUGCGGUAACUUUAGCAUGAAAUGGAGGCCAUCUUGGCCACCUGCAGUUUGGGCGUUAUCGUCCACUCCAAUCCACCCUAACCC